AUGUCACCCACUCCUCUCCGCCCCGGCGUCUAUGCGCCAACUAUGACCUUCUUCGAUCCCAAGACCGAGGAGCUCGAUGUUGCCUCGAUUCGCCGCCACGCCGUGCGUCUGGCCAAGGCCGGCCUCGUUGGUCUUGUCACGAUGGGCUCCAAUGGCGAAGCCGUGCACUUGACGCGCCAGGAGCGUGCCACCGUGACCCGGGAAACCCGUUCCGCUCUCGAUGAAGCUGGUUUCACCAACGUGCCAGUCAUCGCCGGCGCCAGCGAGAACAGCAUCCGCGGCACCAUUGAGUUGUGUCGGGAAGUUGCCGCGGCCGGCGGCGAGUAUGUCCUAAUCGUACCGCCCAGCUAUUACCGGGCUGCCGUCGGCAACGACGAGACUCUGUACGAGUACUUCACUGCUGUGGCCGACAGCUCUCCCGUGCCUAUCAUCCUAUACAACUACCCCGGUGCCGUCGCCGGUAUCGACAUGGACUCCGACCUCAUCAUCCGCAUCUCCCAGCACCCCAACAUCGUCGGCACCAAGUUCACUUGCGCCAACACCGGCAAGUUGACCCGUGUCGCAACCGCUCUCGGUGCUAUCACUCCUUCCUCCCCUCUAGCCCCUGCCCAGCGCGCCGCUCCCACCGUCUCCAAGCCGGACGCCAAGCACCCCUACGUUGCCUUCGGCGGGGUCGCGGACUUCAGUCUCCAGACUCUCGUCUCUGGCGGAUCCGCCAUCCUCGCCGGUGGUGCCAACGUGAUCCCGCGCCUGUGCGUGCGGAUCUUCAACCUCUGGUCCGAGGGCAAGCUCGCCGAGGCUAUGCAGGCCCAGCAACAGCUCAGCGAUGCCGACUGGGUCCUCACCAAGUCCGCCAUCCCCGGCACCAAGUCCGCUAUCCAAUCCUACUAUGGCUACGGUGGAUUCCCGCGUCGGCCGCUGGCCCGUCUCAGUGACGCCCAGGCCCAAACGAUCGCCGAGAAGAUCAAGGGCGCAUUGGAGGUGGAGUUGUCGCUGCCCGAUGUGGCGUAA